CUCUCCGGAACGGAUACCAGCACAAUGGUAAUCAACCCAACUUACCUCGCGCAGCGGACGCGGCAAUCGAUCAAUUGGGCGGAUGCCCAGAAGAGGGUCUUGCACAGCUACAGGGAAUGGCUUCGCUCCGCUCCAGAAAUCCAGACCAUGUACUCGCUGAAUAUUCCCGUGGCACGACUGAGGACGAAGAUGAGGCAGGAGUUUGAGCGGCAUCGAUAUGUGAAUCAGAUUGGAGUAGUGGAUAUGCUAUUGUUCCAAAGCCAUGCGGAAUACCAGGAAACGUUGAACUACUGGAAGCAGCUGCCCCAUAUCCUGAAGUACUUCCGAGCAGAAGAGGAUCCGAAUGCUAGACGUCCACAGAAUUUCAUGAGUGGGUUCUUAGAGGGCAGGAACUGAAGGUUCAUCGUCUUUUCAUAGCUUUGUACAUAUCCCAAUAAACCACAAACAGACUCCUGGUUCUCCAUUCUACUCCAUGCAAUGCAGUACUUUUCAUUUCCUUCCCGGGUAUCCGUCUCUGGCUAGACAGUCAUGCUUUCAUUUGGUCGAUGAAAUUGAGUCUUUCUUCCUGGAACUUUUCGGAAACUACGUCACAUAGAUCCAUCAGGUCGUUGAAGCCCUUCUCUAAUGCUUCAACUGCAGUUGUCCCUUCGUAUGUCUGGAUUCGAAUGUUCAUGAGC